CCAUACCCGCAUUAUUAUAAGUUAUUCAUUAGAAACCCUUGUUGGAAACGAUUUGCAGUAGUUUGCAGCCGCUCUUCUUCGUUUCUCACAGCUUCCCUUCAAGCCACUCCAAAAUGACUAAGAGAACCAAGAAGGCCGGUAUUGUUGGCAAAUACGGAACUCGAUAUGGUGCUAGUCUGAGGAAACAAAUUAAGAAGAUGGAAAUAACUCAGCAUAGUAAAUUCUUCUGUGAGUUUUGCGGAAAGUAUGCUGUUAAGAGGAAGGCUGUUGGUAUUUGGGGCUGCAAAGAUUGUGGAAAGGUGAAAGCUGGUGGUGCUUAUACUUUGAAUACUGCCAGUGCUGUAACUGUGCGGAGCACCAUCCGAAGGUUGAGGGAGCAGACUGAGAGUUAGAAAGGACACCAGUUUUACAAUUUUGUUAUUUUGAUUUGAAAGUUAUUGCAGACACUCUUGUACGCCCUUAAUUGUUGUUAUAUUUGAUUUGGAUAUUUGACGAAGAGGAAUUUUGAAGGUUUUGUAAGUGUAUCAGUUAUCUUUUAGAUUAUUGAAUACUAUUUAGUUUU